AUGCAGACUGUACAAAGACAAUACUUCACUUACAACCACUUCAAUUUCAUGCCAACUCAAUUCGAAUACGUCCCACGUUCGAUUCCAGAAACAUCUCAAUAUUAUGAAGAGGUCGAAUACUCGCAACCAAAACUUGCGUGUGAUAUGUACUAUACAAAUUCAUAUAUCGAAGAACAACCUUGCAUUCUCAAACUCACUCAGAAAAACGUUAAAGCAUGUAAAAUCAUGCAACUCAGUCAACAGGAAAAGACGAACCGCGUCUCCGCUUGGCUUUCUGGUAAUGAGACUGCACUCUACCCACACCCGUCUACGUUGUAA